AUGUAUCGUUUUACUGAUGUAGAAUCAACUCCGAAACGACUUACUUCAGUCUAUGGAUACUUAGCACAUGAACUGUUGCCUCUACAGAAAGCUCUCGAACCAAUCUCGUCUCAAAUCAAUCAACUAGAUCGUUUUAGUAAAAUAGCUAAAAAUGAAUGUCACUUUCCUUCAGAACAUGGACUUACUCGAGAUGAAUCAGCCGCUAUUUUUCUCUAUACAAUGGAAUGGGGUAAGAAUAGUUUAUACCAAGUAAUGAAUCGUGCUCUUCGUGCAGAAGAUCGAUCAUCAUUAAAACCAUGGUUUGGCUAUCUGAAAUUAUUUGAUACAGCUGUACAAAAAUUACCUAUUGUUCGAAAGAAUCUAUGGCGUGGUGUUGCAACAGAUAUAGCCAAGAACUUUAAAAAAGGCGAUGAGUUCACUUGGUGGACCAUUAGUUCAUGUUCAACUUCAGUUAAUAUGAUCAAAGAUUUUCUAGGAUCCAGCUCAACAUUAUUCUUGAUCGAAGCUGUGAAUGGAAAAGAUAUUUCAAGGUAUACGAAUUACUCAAGUGAAAGUGAAGUUAUUCUUUGUCCAGGUACUCGACUUCGUGUUAUCAGUGAUCCUCUUGAUCAACCAUACAUGCAUAUAGUUCAUUUACAAGAAAAUAAUGAUGAGGGAGAGUUGAAAGAGGGAAAAAAGCACGGCAAAGGAACAAUGAAUUAUGCGAACAAUGAUAAGUACUCAGGCGAUUGGGUCGAUGAUGUAAGAACAGGUCAAGGUGUCUACGUUUAUGCUGGUGGUAGUCAUUACGAGGGACAAUAUAAAGAUAACAAAAAACAUGGCAAAGGUACAUUUGUUUGGGGAUCAGAUACUAAAUGUGCUGGCGACAAGUACACUGGCGAUUGGGUCGAUGGCGUAAGAACAGGUCAAGGUGUCUACGUUGAUGGUAGUGGUAGUCGUUACGAGGGACAAUAUAAAGAUAACAAGAAACAUGGCAAAGGUACAUUUGUUUGGGGACCAGACACUAAAUAUGCUGACGACAAGUACACUGGCGAUUGGGUCGAUGAUGUAAGAACAGGUCAAGGUGUCUAUGUUUAUGUUGGUGGUAGUCAUUACGAGUUGAGAUAUUCAUCAAUCACUCGUCAGUCUGUCCUUAUUUGCUUCACAUUCAAUUGCUAUUCUAUUUAUGCUAUAAAAGAACAGUUCCCGGGACAAUAUAAAUAUAACAAGGAACAUGGCAAAGGCACACUUGUUUGGGGACCAGAUACUAAAUGGGCUGGCGACAAGUACACUGGCGAUUGGGUCGAUGGCGUAAGAGCAGGUCAAGGUGUCUAUGUUUAUGCUAACGGUAAUCGUUAUGAGUUGAGAUAUUCAUAA